AACUAAAAAAACUUUCUUUAUCAGUUUGCAUUCCACAAAACGUUCCUAAAAUUCGAACUGAUGAAUGUUUGAAUUCUUUCAUUCAAUGAAUUUGCUACCGCAGCGAUUCAUUUUUCGUUUUGGAUUUGCCUCUCAAACGUCAACUUUCAAAGGAAACUAUCCAUGCUCAAUCCCUAGCCAUGGAAGAAGAAAAUUCAGUGCAACUACUCUCUCCUUAGCUACUCCAAAGUCAGGUGAAGAGCUUUUGUUAGUAGUAGGGGGCGGAGCAGCUGGAAUUUACGGUGCUAUAAGGGCUAAGACUCUCGCUCCGAAUCUUAAAGUUGUUGUUAUUGAAAAAGCGAGACCUUUGUCAAAGGUCAAAAUUUCUGGAGGAGGUCGCUGCAAUGUGACUAAUGGGCAUUGUCCUGACAACAAGAUUUUGGCUGAACAGUAUCCAAGGGGUCAUAAGGAAUUUAAAGGCUCCUUUUUCCAUACUCAUGGUCCAAUGGAUACAAUGUCCUGGUUCUCUGAUCAUGGUGUUGUGUUAAAAAUAGAGGAAGACGGAAGGGUCUUUCCCGCCAGUGAUAGUUCAUCUACUAUAAUUGAUUGUCUCAUGUCUGAGGCAAAGAGGAGUGGAGUCUUGUUGCAGACUGGAAAAGUUGUUACUAGUGCUUCUUCCACUGCUGAUGGAAAGUUUGCCAUUAAGCUUGAGAAACGUAGCCUUGAUUAUGUGGAACAUGUUGAAGCUGAUUAUCUACUUAUUGCUAGUGGGAGUAGUAAGCAGGGUUAUAAUCUUGCCACUCAACUUGGUCAUUCAAUUUUGGAACCGGUUCCAAGCCUGUUCACUUUCAAGAUUGAUGACUUGAAGUUAGCAGAACUGUCUGGUGUAACAUUCCCAAAAGUAAAAGCAAAAUUACAGUUGGAAGGCAUCCAGAAGAAAAUACCACAGCUUACUCAGGUAGGACCCAUGCUUGUAACCCACUGGGGACUCAGUGGGCCUGUGGUUCUUAGGCUAUCUGCUUGGGGGGCACGUUAUCUAUCCAGUUCAAACUAUAAGGGUACGCUUUGCGUGGAUUUUACUCCUGACCUCCCUAUUGAAGAUCUAAAGUCUGCACUCACUCGUCACAAGAGUCAAUUUUUGAGGCAGAAGGUGCUGAAUUCUUAUCCUUCUGAACUUGCGGUUGUGAAAAGAUUUUGGAAGUAUAUAUUAGAUCGUGAGGGCAUAUGUGGAGACAUGCUGUGGUCCUCCAUUUCCAAUAAUUUGUUAAUUUCUGUCGCUGCUUUGUUAAAAGAUUGUGCAUUUAGCGUGAAGGGAAAGGGCCAGUUUAAGGAUGAGUUUGUCACAGCCGGAGGUGUUCCACUUUCAGAGAUCUACCUUGAUAUGAUGGGGAGCAGGAUCCAUCCGCAUCUCUACUUUGCUGGAGAGGUAGUCAAUGUUGAUGGUAUUACUGGUGGCUUCAAUUUUCAGAAUGCUUGGACAGGGGGAUACAUUGCAGGAACAAGUAUCGGUAACCUAGCUGUACAUGAGAGAGUAUAUCAGGAAAAGGCAAGUGUAUCAAAAGACUUGUGUAUAAGUUCAGGUAGUGAAUUCUCUUCGGAAUGAAUGAGAAUAGUUACUGAUAGUAUGAAUUCUCGUUUUGCAUCAGUGACCUAUUUUAUAAGAGAUCCUUCAUUUUUAUAU